AUGGAGCAUCUGGCGAUUUUCCAUGGGUUACGCAUUGCUUGGGACUUGGGAAUCAGACAUGUUGUUUGUUUCUCAGAUUCCAUGCUAGCUAUUUCAUUAGUGCGUGAUCCCCCCUCUCAGUUUCAUGUUUUUGCUGUUUUGGUGAAUAACAUUUGUGCCCUGUUGAGGCGUGACUGGGAGGUGCGAGUGGAGCAUAUUUUACGUGAGGGGAAUUCUUGCGCGGACUUCUUGGCCAAGGCGGGUGCUAUGCAAGAUCAGAGCUUCUAUAUGGUGCACCAUCCCCUGCCAGGGAUGGAGAGUCUUCUUCUGGCUGAUUCCAUGGGGACUGUGGUGAUUAGGUAG